AGAAAACACGGCCACUGUGAAGCAGCGGCAAACUUGAAAAUCCCUUCACAAGAGAGAGAAAAAUGACCAAUAUGUUGUCACCAUCAUCGUCAAAUGUAAAUUCUGAGUUGACCAAGACAGAUUCACAGAUGCAUCAGGCUCCUACCAUUGAUGAGUUCUCCAUCAUUAAACCAAUCAGCAGAGGGGCUUUUGGAAAGGUGUACCUGGCCUACCGCAAAGGAAGAGAGAAGGAGAAGCUCUUUGCCAUCAAAGCUAUGAAGAAAUCAGAUAUGAUCAACAAGAACAUGGCCGCCCAGGUGACGGCAGAGAGGGACGCACUGGCCCUCUCCAAAAGUCCCUUCAUCGUUCAUCUCUACUACUCCAUACAGACAACGAAGUAUAUUUAUUUGGUUAUGGAAUACUUAAUUGGUGGUGAUGUGAAAUCACUCCUACAUGUCUGUGGCUAUUUUGAUGAACGCACUGCUCUGAUGUACACAGCCGAAGUGGUCCUGGCGCUGGAAUACCUCCAUAAACACAAUAUUAUUCACAGGGAUCUGAAACCUGAUAACAUGCUGAUCUCAAACGAUGGCCAUAUUAAACUCACCGACUUUGGCUUAUCCAAGAUAUCAAUGGAUCACAAAAUCAACAUAACGGAUAUCCUCGGUACACCCUCAGUGGUCAAGCCUCAGAGAACAGAUUCCUUCUAUCGGACACCAGGACAAGUUCUCUCUCUAACGACCAACCUAACAUUCGACACUCCAGGAGCAGCGCUUGAGGAGAAGUUCCGUCAUCUAAGACACACUCCAUUGUCCUCACCUCUCCUUACAGCUGUCAGCAGACAAGGCCUGCCUCGCCCUAAUAGUUAUGGUGAGCGGCUCUCUGAGGUAACCCAGGAGAAACAUCCUCACCAAACCUCCCACGAUAAUGAUUCGCAUCGUGGAACCGAAGGUGUAAGUGUAUGUCUCUCAGAGAGGAUAAGAUCUACAAAUGAAAGGUCUCAGGGUUCAGGAUAUCUCCAGGAAGUUCUAGGAUCUGAAGGUCAGAGGUCAGGUCGAGUUGGGAGUAUGGCUGCAAGACAGCAUGGACGAGCGAGAGACGUCGUGUUUGAGACUCCAUUAGGGCGAGCACCCGUAAGUCGCCCCUCAAUUCAUUUAAGCUUCAGCGAUGAACGGAGACGGUCAGGUACUGAGGCUGAUCAACAACCAUUGCAGAAGGGGUACUCCACGGCAUCCUCACCAACUGAAGAUCUUGCAGUGAUGGGAUCAGGAAGCAGUACUCGGGGCAAGAAGAGACAUCUCUCCGAGGUUGAGAUGAGCCCAGUGUUACAGCCACCCAAAGGCUGCCUCAGGAUGUUGAGAUCUGGCUCUCACAGUGGUUUGACGUCAGAGAUCCGGGGGCUGAGUCUCAAACUGUUUGUGGCAGAUGGAGAUGAUGAGUCAAACACAGAUGGCCAUGGGAGCAGUCUCAGUGAUACAGGAAGCCUCGACAGUAGCCUGAGUCUUCAGGACGUGGAGUCAAGACGAGACAAAAGCAUGGAAGAAGUAGCCCCAGCAGGUUCAGAGAUGGUUGGCAACAUAGACUUGCAAGGAGAUAUCAACAGGGACAGUUGCUACGGAAGUGCAUCAAGAACGUCCACUGGCCAAGACCUAGAGGAUAUUAUCAGCAACAAUGACGCCUCAAUGAGAAGUACAGUUCAACAUGGUAGACGUGGCUCUAAUGAAUUUGGUCUAGUUGGUGACAAGAGUAUCGAAUCUAUCACUUCAGAUUGGACAACGGAUGGCUUUGACUCAGAACAUGCAUUGCUUGAUCGGGGACAGUCCAGUCACAAAGAAGUAGGAGGCAUUCCUGGACAUGACAAUGUCAGUGCAGGAGAAGAUCCCGUUGGUCAUGAUAGAUCAAGACUCAGUUCCUCAUUUGGUCCAGAAAACAGUGACAGCAGUCUCUCGGGACUUGAUCUGGAUGCAUCAAGGUCAUCGACUACUGGCCAUGCAGAGAAAGAAGGUGUCAAAGUUCGGAGGUCAUCUGGAAAGAAGAACGUCAGCUUUGACCUGGAGGUCAGUGUAGAUCACGCGUCCGAAGCAGCGGAUUUGAAAAUACCAGUUGGCUUGUCGCCGUCUGGCCAUGAUAAUGGACAACACCCGAAGGGACAGGUGAUGUCAAGUCCGACGGAGGAUGGGAGGAGUCACAGUAUGUUGUCCCACCAAUCAAAUUGCAGUGUGAAGUCAUGUGAUCAGCAGGAGAGGAGUGCUUUCUCUGACCUUACAAACUUUUCACCGGAUGAACCUGCCAGGCUGAGCAUGAAACCAAGGAAUGCCUCAACCCCUGGCCCCCAGGGAACGAGUCACACCCCUCUACGAAUAGCAUUCCGGACCCCAGGAAAACUAGCCUACGUCACACCUGCUAGAAUACGCUACAAGACACCAGGUCGAGGUGACCUCAUAACCCCUGGACCCACCCCUCUCCGGUCGCCGAAGAGUUGCAGACGGCGCCCUCUCCAGGCUGCGAGUGGACAGCCGCAGGAAGAGAGGAUCCUGGGUACGCCGGAUUACUUGGCCCCGGAGCUGCUCUUGCAACAACCACAUGGUGUUGGUGUGGACUGGUGGGCGCUUGGUGUUUGUCUCUAUGAGUUCUUGAUUGGCAUCCCCCCAUUCUGUGACAACUCACCGGACCUUGUCUUCCAAAACAUACUAAGUCGAGAACUUUCCUGGCCCGAAGGAGAUGAAGCUAUAUCAGUUAUAGCUCAGGAUCUUAUUGAGAAGCUUCUUACAUUGUCACCAGAACAGAGACCAACAGCUAUAGAUGUAAAGCAGCAUGAGUUUCUGAAUGAGCUUGAUUGGGAUCAUGUAAGAGAGCUGGAGCCUCCUUUUGUACCUGCCCCUGAUGAUGAAACAGAUACAACAUACUUUGAUGCACGGAACAAAGCAUGCAAUUUGGAUUUGUCUUGCGGGUCAUUCGCUUCAUGAAACAGCAAAGGAAAGCCAUCUCAAUCGAAGCUAUGUGAUGAUUAGACGCUCAACCUUGAACCAGUCGAAGCUCAAAGUAGAAGAAAUGCAUGGACACAUGUACAACUCUUAUUACAUAUACAUGUACAUCUACAUGUAUAUUACAGUAAGUGUCCUUUUGUAACAAACUAUAUGGGCUCCUAGUUAACUUAUUACAAUUUUCUGGUGCUUAAACUGUUAACAUACUAUGGAAACUCAGUGCAUUUGCUUUAAUAUGUCAAAUGGGGAGAAGCAAAUAUGUGGAAACCUGGGUUAGUGUUUUUUUAUUUUUUCAAGUUUUGGUUUUUGGAUUGUACUCAUUAGGAUAGGUUGAGGGCUAAAUAUGUAUGAGAUUAUUAAUAUCUUUCAUUUGAACAGAGAAAAAAAUAUAUCAUAGAUAUAGGGGUCAGCUGCACAGUGGCUGACGGUUCCACGAUCAACUGGGCAAAGCAAAUUUUCGGAGUAUUUCAUUUCAUGUCUAUUUCGAACAAUAAAUUUUUUAAAUUUUAUUUUCACGCAUAAAUACGGAAUUAACAAUAAUAAAUAUGAAAUUAAAAGGUGAUAAUCCAGGAUGCUGCAUAAAUUUUUAGAAGCACUUGCUUGGUCAGGCAAAGUAAAAUUAUUAAAUAGUUGGAAUAUACUUGCCCAGAAAUCAAUUUUACUUGCCCCCAAAAAAUCCUUGGAAAAUAAAAAGUU